AUUUGAGCACAAUUAAAAGUGAGGUAAUAAAUCUCUUAUUUACAAGUUUCAUUAAAUUAAUUCAUCAUUAUGUGUUUUAAAAAAUAUAUAAGUUUUUGUUUGAUUUACCACUUCUCAACAAUAUGUGCAACAAAAUUAGAAAUGAAUAUAAUGCGAUCAACUGUUCCUCCUAAAAUCAGUAAGGAUAAAACAAUGUUUGAUUUGGAAAAUAUUGAAGAGUUGUCAGAAUAUAAUAAUCAGGCUGGAGGUCAUAUUUUUAGCAAGAAAAAACCAUUUUUAGGAUUUUUAAAGUUCAAAGGAAAAUAUGUUCUCAAAUCUCCUGGAAUUGAUGCAAAAGGAAUGAAUGAAAUAAAUUUCUAUGAAGAUAUUCAUAAGUCGGAUUUAUCGUGUUUUAAAAAACUAAUUCCAAAUUACUAUGGACUUAUAAAUUUAAAAAUAAAUAAUAUAGAUACCACAUUCUUAGUUUUGGAUGAUAUUACAAAGGAUAUGAUAAAACCUUGUGUUAUGGAUGUAAAAAUUGGCAAGCAAACUUGGCAACCAGGAUGUAAAGAUUACAAAAAAGAAAUUGAACAAAAUAAGUGUAAGAAGUGUAAAGAAACUUAUGGAAUUUGUAUUCAAGGAAUUCAUUAUUAUGUUGUAAAAAACAAUGUAGUGUCUGAAACGCCGGAAAAAGCACAUAAAGAUUUAGGAAAAUCAUUGGAGCCAAAUGAAGUAAACGGAGUGUUGGGAAAAUUCUUGAACAUAGAUACAGUAAAAUCUUCGAAUGUUAUUAAUAGUUUAUUGGAGCAAUUAUCGAGCAUUAUUAAAUACUUCAAUGUUCAAAAACAUCAUCACUUUUUUUCAAGUUCAAUAAUUUUAUCAUAUGAUGCAGACACAUUAACGAAUGAUAAAAGUCCAAUAGUAAAAGUUUCAAUGGUUGAUUUCGCUCAUACAAUUCCAGCUGGUGAAGUAAUUGAUGAAAAUUAUUUGUUUGGUGUUAAAAAUUUGUAUGCAUUGCUAGAAGAAUUAAACACAAAAAAAGCAGUCUAAUUCUAUAAUUUAUAACUAACAAUUACAACACUUUUAUACGAAUAAUGGCUUGAUUUUAGGGUCCUUAUUCGUCAAAAUACUUUUUUGUUUAUUUUAUUACAAUUAAGUAUAUUAAAUUGUUUUUAACAUACAUUUUUUACAUUUAAUUUUU